AUGAUGCUUAAAUUGAAAGAUUGGGAAAUUGAUUAUUCAUGCAUGAAAUUACGUCAACUAUAUAAUGAAAUACACCUUACAUACCUUUCAUCUCUAGAAGUAGAUAAAACAGAUAAUAAAAUAAUUGAUAAAAUAAUUGAAAACAAGAAGGAAAUAAGAUUAAAUGGAACAUAG